AUGGCGGCGGUUCAACUGCUUCGAGGUCAUACUGACGCGGUGGUGUCUCUGGACCUGUACACGCCCUUCCCAGGGUCACCUUUCUGCUGCGCUUGUUGCUGCUGCAAUGGUUAUAGCGCCUCGGCCUCCGAGGACGAUGGUUCUUCUGCGCGCAGUGCAUGCAGCUCCAGCACCAUCAGUAGCAGCAGCUGUUUGGUGCUGAGCAGCAGCGAUGACAGAACUGUAAGGGUCUGGGAUGUGAGGCAGCAGCAGGCAGCCGUCAGGGUCUCUCUGGAUCCAUGGGGAAGCCCAGGCGACGUAGGCGUAGCCCGCUUUUAUCCCGGAGGGAAUGGGGUUAUUGCUGCAGCAUGCGGUAACAAGCUGCUCACUUUCGAUCUGAGGCACCCUCUGCGGCCACUCAUGCAGCAGAAACAACGGGAGGAGCAGCAGAAACCAGGACAACAGCUCGUCACAAGCAGUGAUACGGAGUUGAAUCCGAGCGUUGUUGAUAUGAAAGCCAUGUCGUGCGUGGAUUCGGCAGUGGUAGGAGAGGAGGUUGAUGAAGAUGAUGACUGGGUGAUUAAUGACUUUGACAUCUGGGUGCCCCCAGCUGCAAUUCAACAGCAGCUGCAGCAAUGCAGUAGCACUGCCAAGGGCUCCAACAGCGGCAAGAAAGCAGCAGGAGAAAUAACAGCUUCGGACGAAUCCCUUGAUGAUGUGCUAAUUGCUAUACCUACUGAUGGGGGCAAGGUGGUGGUGUUACACCAGCGCAAGCUACAAGCGCCGCUGCUACUGUCUCUCCCGGCAUCCCCUCAACAUGGUAGCAUAUGUGGAAUCGCGCGGUUCAGGAAGCAUGCCGUGAUGGACCUGCUGAGUGGCGGGUACGACUGCCAGCUGAAGGAUUGGGACUUGUUGCACCGAAAGGCCCGCGGGUGCGUUGACACUCAGAAGCUGACACCAGAUGGGGAGGAGCAGCCUGCCCUCUCAGGCUGCAAGCGACAGCAGCAGCGACGGAAGCUCCAGGGACAGCAGCAAAUUUUCAACCCCCCUUUCGUGACUGCCCUGGAAGUGGAUGCACCGGGGGAUCGGGUCUUUAUGGGGCUUGGUGAUGGCGCAAUCAGUAUGCUGCAGUACGCAGAAUCUACGAGGAAUGCCCGCCUAGUGCUUCCUCCCGUGUGGCGGGUGGAGGCACAUGGAGCUGCGGUUACGCAGCUGCGCCUCCUAUCGCUUCAGCAGCAGCAGCAGCAGCAUCAGCCUAGGGAGCUGCUGCUCAGCUGUAGUGACGACAGGCGACUGUGCCUUUUCUCACUCGAUGAAGAAAAGCCAUCGCUGCUGGUGUCGCACCAGCUACGGGAGAAACCCAACGCUUUGAGGGCUUGUCAGCUAUGCUGCUGCGGCUGCACAAGCACUCGAUGCAUCAAUCGCAGUAGCGGGGACAUGCUGGAGACUGUACGGGCUUAUGUGGGGGAUGUUAGCCCGGACAUUAAAAUAAUAGACUUGCGCCUCUAA